UUUUUUUUAAUACUCCGGUAAUCAUGUCUGGCGGAACGCAAGGGAUUCGCAAGCUGGCGGAUAAGCUAUUCACACCCAACGAAAUUAGACGUUUCCAGGCAUACAAGAACCGCCUCAGUGAAAAGUAUUUGACCGUGGAGGGCUUAAAGUCCACCUUCAAGAGACCGGAUUUGGGAAAACUAUUCAACCGUCGCGUGUUUUCAUCAAACAAAGAAGAUUGCCCCGAAGAGCCAAAAGUUAAGGAAUGUGACCCCAGCUGGGAUGAGCUGUAUCCUCCAGGCCCGCCAUACGAGCCCUAUGACACACACUACUGGUAUCCAGAUCCCGAGUUCAUGAAUAAACAACAGUAUAUAGUUUGGUAUCCCGAAGGUGACGAGUGGAAAAAGCGUCCCAAUUUUAAGGGAAAACAGAUUCCACCCGUUGAUCGUACAUUUCGCACCAAGCUCAUAAACUUUGGACCCGCGCAUCCGGCGGCACACGGAGUACUCCGCAUGAUCCUCGAGCUGGAUAAUGAAACGGUGCUGAAUGCCGAUCCGCACAUUGGGCUACUGCAUCGCGGAACCGAGAAACUGAUCGAGUACAAGACGUACACUCAAGCACUGCCCUAUUUCGAUCGUCUGGACUAUGUGUCCUGCAUGGCCAAUGAGUUGGCCUACUGCUUGGCGGUGGAGAAGUUGCUGAAUGUGGAGGUUCCACGCCGGGCCAAGUACAUACGCACCAUGUUUUCGGAGAUAAUGAGGCUGACGAAUCACACGAUGGCCAUUGGUUCGUCGGUACUGGACUGUGGAGCUAUAACUCCACUCUUUUGGCUGUUCGAGGAACGUGAGAAGUUGUAUGAGUUUUCGGAACGCGCUUCGGGAGCUCGUCUCCAUGCCGCCUACAUUCGACCGGGGGGCGUGGCCAGUGAUAUACCUCUAGGGUUUCUCCACGAUUUGUAUCAGUUUAUCAAUCAAUUCAACGAACGAUUGGACGAAGUGGAGGACGUAGUGACCGAUAAUCGCAUCUGGCGUAUGCGUAAUAUUGGCAUUGGAGUCAUAUCCGCACACGAUGCCUUAAACUAUGGAUGCACUGGACCCGUUCUGAGGGCCACCGGCGUAAAGUGGGAUUUGCGUAAGCAACAGCCAUACGAUGCCUAUGACGAGAUGGAUUUUGACGUGGUUGUGGGAUCGAAUGGAGACUGCUACGAUCGCUACUUGGUGCGCAUGCGAGAAAUGCGCGAGUCGGUGAAUAUCAUCAAGCAAUGCAUCGACGCCAUGCCACCGGGUGAGAUCAAGGUGGAUGAUCUGAAGAUCUGCCCUCCGCAACGAAGCAAGAUGAAGGAGGGCAUGGAGGAUCUGAUCCAUCAUUUCAAGCACUUCUCGCAAGGAUUCCGGGUGCCUCCGGGACAGACGUACUGUGCCGUUGAAUCGCCCAAGGGUGAAUUCGGAGCAUUCCUCAUCUCCGAUGGUUCAUCGCGUCCCUAUCGCUGCAAGAUUCGUCCAGCUUCCUAUGCUCAUCUAGCCCUCAUGGCCAAAAUGGCACCCGCACACCUGCUGGCCGAUGUUGUGGCCAUUAUUGGAUCGCUGGACAUCGUUUUUGGUGAAAUCGACCGUUAGUCAGGGUUUGGUAAUUUCAAUUACAUUUAUUAUAAACCCCAUUUUGUGUAUGAACGUCAAAUGCCCAAAACCUAAAUAAAACGGAAGCCUAUUUAUGCAGCAUGU